AUGAAGAGAUUUCUUCAGAAUGGCUGCGUCAGAAAAUUCAACCGUGAAGUCCAAACUACACGGGUGCAGAAAGAGAAUGAGUCACUGCUGACCUUACGCAAAGAAAAGCAGAGAACCGAGAAUGAACGAAUAUUUCAGUCUGAAGAGCAGAUGAAGAGCAAACAGGAAGAAGCUCUGAUACAAGAUCAACAGAAAGCUAAUCACAGACGGCUUCAAAACCAGUCUGUGGCUGCUUAUUUGGCUGAGCAAAUAAAGGAGAAGAAACUGUUGAAAGACAGAGAGAAACGACAAGAGAAGGUAGAAAGAGACAGACUCAGACGCCUUGAUGAAGAGCACGCACAGAAGCUAAGAAUUGAGGCUAUCAAAAAAUCAGAGUCAAAGAAAAACUACCUGAACGAUCGACUGGAGGAUAUCUCCAGAGGAAACCUCCUCAGAGAAAGGGAGGCACAAAAAGUGAAGAUAGAGGAGAAAGACAUUAUAAUUGCUCAGUCCAACCAAGAAAGAAACCUGCAGCUCAGAAAAAAUGACCAAGCAGAAAAAUUAAGAACGCACCAGAUUCCAAUAAAAAUUGUGACGGACAAAUUGGCAGUUACAGAGAAGGAGCAGGCGGCCUCCGCAGCUCUGAGAGAGCAGGCCAGAUUGUCUAAGGAAGUGUCUGAGCUAAAAGCUAAAGCAUCAAAGCAGCAGAAGCAAGAGUUAGAGAAGAGGGCUUCUGUGCUAAAGUCUAUUGCUGCUCACAGAGAGGCACAGAUACGGGAGAAAAAGCAGAAGGUUGAGGCAGACCGAAAGAGCAACCAGGACUGGUUUCAGACCCAGAAAAAGUCUGACACCUUGUUCCUCGAAGAACAAAAACGAAAGGCUCAAAAGAUUCGUGAAGAUAAAAUCAAGUGUUGUGAUUACAAUUUCACCAUGAUGGCUGAAAAACGUGCCCGUGCAGAGCAGCUGAAAAGAGAGGAACACGACUUUAUAGCUAAGGAUGCGGAGCAAGCUGCUGAGAGGGAGAGGAAAUUCCAGCAGUACGUUCAGUGUGAAAUUCAGAAGGCAGCUGAGGAGAAACGAAAUGUUUCACAACUUUUAGCUGCUAGAAGCGGAGGGCAGGGUGUCCUUUUAGAUGGGGAGAACUCUCUUUACUGCUGCCAAAGUUCUUUGGAGCCUCUGCCUCGACUCGGCGCUAACCGAACCCGUUCUACUAAACAGUAUCAGGAGCGCAAGAGCCUGCAGCUUGGCACGGUGGGUUUGGACCCCAAUUGUCUACCACCAUUUACCAGAACAGCAAAGCCAAAAUUCACUGCAAAUGGUUUUACUGGAGGACGUGUGGAAAGGUCCAACUCACUGAGAAGUUCCCAGGCAGUACCCAGACCAGGCACUUCUCAAACCUGGGCCACCAAGCAAUACCAGGUGCAGCUUGGAAAGGAGGUGGGCUGGUAA